AUGUUUGCCGCAACAUGUCUCCUUGCGCUUUCAACCCUCCUGGCACCUGCAGCCUCAUACAGCUCCACCAAGUCUCCGUCAAGGAACGCGGUUCUUCUAUCAGAUGUACACACCCUUACUUUCCACGCCAAUCGCAAAACUAGCCACCGCCGAGUCUCUGCGAUACCCCAGCUCAAAUGUGUUGGACCGUCCAAGGAAGUCUGCUCUCUCUACCAGCCGGACAUCAUUCGCUGUACUAACGAAGGAUACGAUUAUGAUGAAAAUGAUGUGCAAUGGACCUGCACCGCGCAACUACCGCCAGAAUUCAAGCUUGGAGGUACAGAUGUGAUUUGUGAAGGUUAUCGAAGUUCUGAAGACCCAUGGAUCCUGAAAGGCAGCUGCGGCGUGGAAUAUAGGUUGUUGCUUACUCGUAUGGGAGAAAAGCGGUACGGUCACAUCCCACACGACAGAGGCAAUGAUGAAUCAAUAUGGUCUACCCUCACCCGUAUGGCUAUGUUUUUUGGCCUGUUCAUGGUCAUUGUUAAACUGCUCCAGUACUGCACUGGCAUUCAGAGUCAAAGAUGGGGUAGGAAUGGCGGAGGGGGAGGGGGCGGAGGAUGGUGGCCUCCAGGUCCCCCGCCUCCAUAUGACUCUCCCCAAUCCAGAUUUGCAAAGGAUGACCAAUCAUGGAGGCCCGGCUUUUGGACCGGUGCCUUGGGUGGCACAGCGGCAGGAUAUGUGAUGGGGCGCGGUGCGCGGAGAGGAAAUAGUAGUUUUAUGUCUGGUGGCAAUAAUGCUACUGCAGGACCAUCCUACUCAGCCUCUACUAGAGAGAGCACUGGAUUUGGAGGUACGAGACGACGGUGA